AUGCCCAUGGUUGUGUACUCAAAACAGCUGCUGAUGGUGGUUAUUACAGUCUUUUUGGUAAAAGCAGCAACUCAGCAGCUACUAUCUCUGCCAAACUGUCCAACAAAGUGUGGCUCUGUCACCAUUCCCUUCCCAUUUGGAAUCACCAAGGAUUGUUCCUUGGACAACACUUUUCUCAUCAAUUGCAACAAAACAUCUUCAACUUCAACCUCCACACAUGUACCUUCCUUGCCACAGAAUAAUCAAAGUGUAUUAAACAUCUCACUGGACGGUGAACUGCACGUUGCAUGGCCAGUAGCCAGUGAUUGCUAUGCUGAAAAGAGCGAACCUGUGAACCAAACAUAUUGGGGUAUCAACAUGACGCAUUUUCCCAUCUCAUCGACUCGAAACAAGUUAAUUGCAGUUGGUUGUGACACGGUUGCAUUCCUCGCAACAUUUGAUUCUGGGGGAAACAACUACAGCACAGGAUGUGUGGCUUUGUGUAGCAGGCUUAGUGAUAUAAUGGCCAAUGAAUCUUGCACCGGCACUGGUUGUUGUGAGAUUUCAAUACCCAAAGGUCAUGUGUUCACAAAAUUAUCCUAUUCUUCUGGUGGUUUAUUCAACAAUCACUCAGCUGUACAUGACUUCAAUCCAUGUGGUUAUGCUUUUUUGGUUGAAAAUGGAGCCUACAGCUUCGAAUCCACAGACCUUCUCAAGUUGGAGAAGGAGGAGUUUCCAGUGUUGUUGAACUGGGCAGUAGGGAACCUAACAUGCCAGCAAGCUCAGAAGGAUCUUUCAAAUUAUGCCUGUAAGGACAACACAAGUACAUGUUACGAUGCAACCGAGAGACCUGGUUACCUUUGCAGAUGCUUUCAUGGAUAUCAGGGAAAUCCUUACCUCAUUCAUGGUUGCCAAGAUAUUAAUGAAUGCAUUGAGUACAAUGACUGUGUUGAGGGGGCAACGUGCAUCAAUCUUCCUGGAAGCUACCAUUGUUUAUGUCCAGCGGAAUAUGAGGGAAACGGGAAGAUGAAUGGAACAAGAUGCAGUCCAAAAUCGAACACCAAAUCAAGGAAAGAGAUCAUAUUGAUCAUUGCAUUGAGUCUCAGCAUAAGCCUCGUUGCACUACUGGUCGGAAGCUUUUAUGCUUAUUUGGUAAUGAAGAAAAGGAAGCUCAUUAAACUUAAAGAACAAUUUUUUCAACAAAAUGGUGGCUUACACUUGCAACAACAACUAGUGAGGCAUGGAGGGUCAACUGAAACAGCUAGAGUCUUCACUGUUGAGGAGCUAAACAAAGCAACCAACAACUUCGACGAAAGAAAGAUCCUAGGCCAAGGUGGUCAGGGAACAGUUUACAAAGGAGUUUUACAAGAUAAAAGAAUUGUAGCAAUAAAGAAGUCCAAAAUCAGUGACCCAAACCAAAUUGAGCCGUUCAUCAAUGAAGUGAUAGUGCUUUCCCAAAUCAACCAUAGAAAUGUGGUAAAGCUCUUGGGUUGUUGUUUAGAAACAGAAGUUCCCUUGCUUGUUUAUGAAUUCAUUCCCAAUGGAACAGUUCAUGAUCAUCUUCAUGGUCAAAACCAAACUUUAAAGCUUACAUGGAAAACAAGACUAAGAAUAGCAAAAGAAACUGCUGGAGUCCUAGCAUACUUGCAUUCUACUGCUUCUACACCAAUCAUACAUAGAGAUGUGAAAUCUACAAAUAUACUUCUAGAUCGCAAUCUCACCGCAAAGGUUUCUGACUUUGGAGCUUCUAGGAUUGUUCCUCUUGAUCACAGUCAGAUAACCACUCUAGUGCAGGGAACAUUGGGGUAUCUUGACCCAGAAUAUUUCCACACAAGCCACUUAACAGAGAAGAGUGACGUCUAUAGCUUUGGGGUUGUCCUCGCAGAGCUACUUACGGGAAAGCAGGCACUGUCUUUUAACAGGCCAGAGGAAGAUAGAAACCUUGCAGUGUACUUUGUUUCUUCAAUGAAAGAGGGUUGGUUACAUCAUAUUUUGGACACAAAUAUAGAUGAGGCGAAUAUUGAGCAACUAAAGGAAGUAGCCCAUAUUGCAGAAAGGUGUUUAAGGGUGAAUAGUGACGAAAGACCUACCAUGAAAGAAGUGGCAAUGGAACUAGAGGGAAUAUUAGUGAUUGAAGAGCACAGUUGGGGAAGUGGCAAUUUAUCUUCAGAAGAGACUGAUAACUUGCUAAGAACAGUGCCGUCCAUCAACGGUGAAGACGGAGUCUAUGGAAGUGGCACUAAUUGUUCUGACUCAUAUAGCACGAACCAGAUGUCGAUGUCAACGAUUGGUGGAAGAUGAUUAGAAUUGAUAUUAAUACUCAGGAUUUGAUUUUAAUCUAUCUUCAUUGUAAUGGUGUAAAUACAGUGUAUGUUGUAUUUCCUCUACUGUAUUGGACAUGACAUUCAUUUCUCUAUCACUAUCGGUUCAAAAUUUUCUUAUUGUUUCUCUUACAGUCUUCCUCCAACUUAAUAUUGCGAAAAAGACUUUGCGGCUGA